UGCUAGUUCAUCAGACGAUGAGGGUGUUGGACCACCGAGUAUAACGACAGCUGAAUCACCGGGUCCUUUACGUGGCGACGAAAUGGUUGAAACAGCUGCGAGGGAUAAAAAAUAUGAUAUGAAUCUUAACCGAACUAAAGAAACUAAACACGCGAACGCGAUUCAACUACGAAAAUUGUGGUUAAAUGACCCUGAAAUGACUUGGCGACCUGAUUUACAAUUACAUGCAUCAUCACCGAAUGACGAUUCAAAAGCGGCGUUACAAACACGAUUGGGCCUCACGUCACCUGUGGAACAUUCUCGGAGCCGAUUAGAAAAACCGCCAUCAACCCCACCUUCAAACGAUGAAGAUCUAAAUGGUGACCUAAGUGGUGACGACCAAAGUGUAAAUAGUGAUUUAAAUCGUGAUGACAAUUCAAUGGAUUCAGAUAGAGCAGGAGGUGAUGGUGCAUUAAAUUUGGUAACGGAACCAACACGAGGCUCAUCACCUAAUUCACAUGUAACAAGUUCAAGUCCCGGUGUAAAUGCUGCUACAUUAGCUGCCCUAGGUGGACUUGGAAGUUUGCUAAGUAGUCCAUUAUUACAAUUAGGUGGUUUACAAGCGUUACAAUCACAACAUGCUAGUCUUCAACAAUUACAACAGUUUGCCAUGUUUCAACCGCAUUCACAAGGAACACCUGGAUCCCAACUACCACCGCAAGCUCAAUUCUUUUUACAAAAUCAGGUUCAACAAGCAGUCGCUCAAGCCGCCCAACAAUUACAACAAUUACAAAAAGCUCAACAGCAACAGCAACAACAACAACAGCAACAACAGCAACAACAAUCAAACAAUAAUCAAUUAAAUACAAGUUUACCACCAAAUUCAAAUGGCCCGCCAACAUCACAUCAUCAAACAAUAACAAAUAAUCAAACAACACCGCCAAAUACAAAUACAGCACAUAUGAAUUCAAUACCACCAAAUAUGUUAACACCAAGUACGCCAAGUUCUGGUGGCGGUUUAACGCCACAACAUAUCAAACAAACACCUAAUUCACGUAUACUAGAACCAUCACCAGAAGAGACAACUGACUUAGAGGAAUUGGAACAAUUUGCGAAAACUUUUAAACAAAGACGUAUCAAAUUAGGAUUUACACAAGGUGAUGUGGGAUUAGCAAUGGGAAAAUUAUAUGGAAAUGAUUUUUCACAAACGACAAUAUCCAGAUUUGAAGCGUUAAAUUUAAGUUUUAAAAAUAUGUGCAAACUAAAACCAUUAUUACAAAAAUGGUUAGAAGACGCAGACAACACAAUGAACAAUCCAAAUUCAUUAAGUAAUCCAUUAACAACACCAGAAGCAAUUGGACGACGUCGAAAAAAGCGGACAUCAAUUGAAACAAGUGUACGUGUUGCAUUAGAAAAAGCAUUUGUACAAAAUCCAAAACCAACAUCAGAAGAAAUCGCAGUAUUAGCAGAUAAUUUAUGUAUGGAAAAGGAAGUGGUUCGAGUGUGGUUUUGUAAUCGAAGACAAAAGGAAAAACGAAUUAAUCCACCAACAGCUGCAAUGGGUUCCCCGUGUUCAGUGGGUAGUGGAAACGGAGCAAUGUUUGCGAUUGCAAACACAUUAGCUGGUAGUCCAUUAUCGUUGGUCACAUCCAGUGGGCAUGGUUUUAAUCCAAAUAUUGGAAAACAAGAAUGACGGCACGUUAAUUUCUUCACAGAUCAUUUUCUAGAUUAAAAAAAAACACUUUUAAAUUCGUGUUGAAAGCGAGAGGAAGACACAAGAAGUCUUUG